AUGAUCCUGAUCUUGACCGUGGGGCCAAACCAGCUGCUCGUGGACCUCACAGACCCCAACAGGCCUCGCUUCACCAUGGAGGAGCUGAAGGAGGUCCUGCAGGAGAGGAACCAGCUCAAGGCGCAGCUCAUGGUGGCCCAGGAGGAGCUGCAGCUGUACAAAAGUGGGAUUCUGCCCAAUGCUGAAGCCGCCAUGGUGGAGGUGGACCUGGACACGCCCCCCGCCUCCGAGGACAGCUCCACCAACCUCAGCAACGGCAAAGAUGAGAGGAGCACCAUCGGAAAACUGUUUUCCUUCAGACGGAAAUAA